AUGCCCGUCUCCCAUCUGACCCUGACCGUCGCGCAUCUCCCCACUUCAACUUCGUUCUUCCUUUCCUGCCUCCAGCCCCUGGGAUACCAGUUUAUCGGCCGCCAUGAUGACUAUAUUGGCUUUGGGCAGAAGCAGGGGGAGCCCGCGGAUUUCUGGAUCACGGAACAGAAGCCUGGUGUUCUCCCAAGCGCAGCACAUGUAGCAUUCCCAGCGCCUUCCAAAGAUGCCGUCACCGCAUUCUUCCACCAGGCUAUCCAAGCUGGCGGGAAGUUCCAUGGCGAACCACGAACCCGCGACUCAGUGUCGGGCUACCACAGUGCCGCUGUGAUAGACUUUGACGGAAACAGUAUUGAGGCAGUCUACCGACCUGGCAAAUCCGUCGUGGCAUCAGAAUCCGGAGGCCCGACAAUAGCCCUGCUCGAAAAUCGCUCUGUGGUAUCAAAGGUCAGCACAGCCAAGGCUAGCAGUGCUGUAUCAGAAGCCAAAUCGCGUGCAAUAUCAAAAGCGCCAACCGCCAUUGAAAGGGCCGCACCGGCGCCGACUGUGAUCUCUCAAAAGUCAACAGGGUCGGCUCUCGCGUAUGGGCCACCGCCAGCCCAGAAGGUCGACGAUGGCAGCAAAGCCGCCAAAACCAUUAUUGGCACGCUCAUCGGCGCUGCCGCCGGUGCGGCCGUUGCUUAUGCCAUGGUUAAGGGUGACUCGCAAUCGACGACCUCCGAGUCUAAAGAGGCACCACCACCUCAAUAUCAGCCACAACAGUACCCGCAACAAUACGCAGCCGACCUUCCACAAUUGAUGGCCCCGCCCUCGCAAGUUUCAGAGGCAAGAUCGCAAGGACAACCCAUUCUCCGUGCCAUCGAAGCUCCUCCACCCCGCAGCGUCUACACCUCUGCUUCCGCUGCACGAUCCACGAAGUCAAGGAGCACGGUGUCCAAGAAUCCGUGGGCUAGCACCAUCUACGAAGCUACCGAAUUUUACCAAGACGAUCACGGUCGCCGCGCCUCCGACGGCGGCAGCGUCUUUUCCAUCCCCGAGGACCUGCCACUUCGCGCAAUCGAGUAUCCACCCGCCAGCAGCGCAGCGCAGCAACGCUACCCAUGCAAUCCCAGCACCUUUAUCAGCAGCUAUGCAGCCGACAAGCCCCGCGCCGGUAGUGUGCAUUCCGCAUCAACCAUCAAGGCAUCAGCUCCACAGCGCCGCCAUAGUACCGACGACGGAUUCUCGGAGCACACCCGCGCCGUGCACCGCGCAUCAUCCUCACACAGCGUCCACACAGUGAAAUCCCACUCUUCAUCCAAGAUCGACGCCAGCGCAGGCAGCACAGCCUCAUCAACCCGCUCAGCACGCAACAUCCCCCUACCCGCAGGCUCAUCCGGCACCUUCUACAGCGCCAUGCCCAGCCAAACCGAGAAAUCCGGCCUCUCAGCACGCAACAUCCCUCUCCCAGCCGGAUCCUCCGCAAACUCCUUCUACAGUCCCGCGCCCAGCCACGCACCCAAAUCGCACGCCUCCGCGCGCCACGUACUCCUCCCCGAGAGCGUGAUUGAUGUCGAUGUUGACUCGAACGUUACACCCGAUGACUCGAUUAGCCAGGUUGGUGGGAGUCGUUCGGGGCGAUCGAGUCAUUCGCACCAUUCGCAUCAUUCGAGACACUCGAAGCAUUCGCGUUCGCAUUCUAAGACUUCCAGGCAUUCGUCUAAGUCGAGGUUUGACGACCCUGUUAGACCAGCGGAUAGUGUGAGUCAGGUGUCCAGGUCGUCGCAGCGGACUGUGAAGGCUGUUGGGUCUGUUAAGGUUGGUUCGAAGGUGGGCAGCCGGAGGGGAAGUGAAGUUGUGGUUUGA